AUGAAAGCAACACAGAACUCAGUAGAGGAAGUUGAUGUCAGACGCAACCAAUCAAAUAAAGAGAACUUACAGACACAUCAAAAAGCAUCUCAUUUAAAAUCUUGUAACAUUACGCCAUCAAGAAGUAGUCCCUUGAAGUCUUGUGAUUCUAUGGACGGUAUUUUUGACAAUCGACACGGCCGUUCUCGGAAUUUCAGCACUUCGUCCACCAUUUCCUUACACAGUGAAAGCAACAGAAGGCCUCAAGCCAGAAACAGUCUCUGCCAUUCUUACCUUGACACUUCUAAUAUUCGAAACAGUCCUGGACGAUUUGAUCGUGAUGCUGUCAAGGAAAGCUACUCAUCAUUAUCAAGAAAAGAUUCGGGAUACGACAGCUCUUCAAUCAGUGGAGGUAGAAAUGGUCGUGAGAGUCCGUCGAUAUCUAUUCGAGGUAUUAGAAAUGAAUGUAUUAGUCCAGCACCAGUACGUCGAAGUCGAUAUGAGAGCUGUUUUGAUGAAAGAAAUUCGUAUACUGGAAAUCGAAGAUCAAGUUGUGGAUUUGAAAGUUCGACUGAUGAUGAUUUUUCGCAUAAUGGUUCGUUUCAAAGGUUGCUGAACGAUGAUAAUCUCCCUUCGAGAAGAAGUGGACAUUUUCGAUUGGAUACACUACGUGACAGUGAUGAGUCCAUGUCGGAUCGUUCCAUUUCACGGCCUCUCUCCCGUAGUUCCAGUAACGGCAGAAUGAACGAAAUAUUACAAAAGUUUGAAACUUUGUCUCAAGAAAUCUCUCAACCAAUGAGAAGAUCCGAUUCUUUAGGCAGGUUUGAAAAUCGACCAAUCUCUCCCAGUAUUAGUAUGGAAAAUCUCCGUCAAAAAUUCUCCUGUGAAGACUUAAGUCCGCGAUCAGACAUUUUCUCUCAAGAUAAUUCCCGGCAUUAUUUAGGCCGAUCGUCCAGGAUUUAUUAA